CUGUGGGAUCUCGCGGCGAACCGAAGUAAUGGUCUGGAGUCGAACUGGCUGCUGCGUGAAGGACGCAAGCCUUACAUAAAACUAAUUAUGUUAAGAUGCCCAUCCAUUGCACUCUCCCCAUCCUGCUGCACCGUGCCCUGUUGCCCGUGCUGGUCAUCCUGAUGCCAGCCUCCUGUCAUCCACGCGUCACUGCCUGCAGAUUGACUCAACGCACAGCUCUGUGUGACAACGGUCAGCUCCAGAACAUACCAAAUACCCUACCAGAGCAUAUAGAAGAGAUCUUUUUAAAUGAGAAUUUGCUCCAGAUAAUACAGGACGGUAGCCUCUCCAGAUACCCUUGGCUGCGCUCUCUUAGCUUUGCAAAAAACCUUUUAAAGACAGUGGAGUCAAAGGUGUUCUCCCACACACCUCUUAUAGAGAGUCUCAAUCUAGCAGACAAUGAGCUUCAUCAUGGAUACCAGCAGGUUGGCCAAUCACUGCAUCCUUUGUCCAAGCUCAGGAAUCUGGAUCUCUCUGGAAACAAGCUCACAGAGGACAUGGCCUGCGAUCUUCUACAGAAUCUCAGCUCUCUUGAGUACCUGUCCUUAUCAAACAAUCUUCUUUUAAGGCUAGAUGAGUCAACCUUCAGCAGCCUUUAUCAGCUGAAGGAGCUGAACCUGGAGAAAAACUUGCUGUAUGAAAUUGAUGGAGCUUUUGACCACUUAAAGAAGUUGCGGAGGCUCAAUUUGGCCUUUAACUUCCUGCCCUGUUUAUGGAGGUUUGAAAUGACCCAACUAUUGGUCCUGAAUGUAAGUCACAAUGCCAUCGAAUGGUUCAUAAGCAACCAGGAUCUGAAAGAGACAUUUGAACUAGAGACACUAGAUCUGUCUCAUAACCACCUCCUGUUCUUUCCCUUCUUGCCGACCCACAGCGUCCUACGCACUCUGUUACUGUCUCACAACAGAAUCAGUUUUUUUGGGCACCUAGCAAACAAAACUCUGCAAAACUCGACUAGCAGCGUUCGGUUCUACAAUCUGAAGGGCAGUGAGACUAAUGUGACAGUAGACCUCUGGGAUGACAGCCUUCAUGGAGAUCUGUCCUCUGUGGAACUAUUGGAUCUCAGUGGAAAUCAAGUGGGAUAUUUCCCCCAUGGCUUCAUUAAGAAAAUGCCACAUCUCUAUUGGCUACGGCUGAGAACGAACUGUCUGGAAUCCUUGAACCUCACAGCAGAGGAGCUGCCAGCAACUCUGUAUGAACUAGAUGUGAGUAACAAUAGACUUACUGAGCUUCGUGGUGACCAUAGUUCAGCCAAAGAGAUGAACAACCUAACGCAUCUCAACAUAAGUCUAAAUAAUAUCCAGCAGCUGCCUGCCAGGGUGUUCACUACUCUUCCCAGGCUCAGUGCAGUGGACAUCAGUUACAACUCAGUGGAUGUAUGCUAUCCUGGGGAGUACAGUAACACUACUUUAUCAGACUGCGCUGUCUGGUCAAACAUUGGCUCUCUGAAGCAGCUCUACAUGGCAGGAUGUAGCUUGGCAAGGCUGCCACCUUCACCAUUUGAUGGAACGCAUUUAACUCACCUUGAACUAUCGAAUAACCCAGAUUUAGACCUUAGCCAUGGGUCUUUGAGAGGUCUUGAGGGAACUUUACAACACCUAGGACUAGGAAACACGGGCUUACAAAACUUUGACUUUUCACCAUACCGCCAGUUGCGUUCUUUAAACAUCUCCAAAAAUUUUCUCUCAAAUCUUCCAGAAUCCAUGUCACACUUAAAGUUGAAAUUGCUGGAUGUGAGGGACAACAAACUGAACACCAUCUCCACACAACUUGCUAAUGUGUUAGCUUACGAACUUGAGACUCUUUUUGUGCAAGGGAAUAUUUUUAACUGUUGUCGAUUAGACUGGUACAAGAAGUUUAAGGAAACAAGAACAGUUCAUAUCAUAGACGUUGAGUAUGUUAUGUGUCUGGAUGUAGCACACAUGAAACACAGCCUCGCUCAUUUAAACUCUGUGAACUGUGGCAGUAACAAUGAGGAAUCCAUUUGGUGGUUCAUUUUGCUUUUCACAACUCUCAUUCUGAGCUUGGUUGGCAUUUUUGUCAUAUAUAUCCUCACCUUCAGACCAAAAGUGCUACCCAAGGCAAUAAAGAAAAAGUGUUGGAGACCCACGUCAUAUUAGCCAAAAUAAUGUGUGAAAGUUGUACAAUAAAGCUACAAGCAAUGUUGCUUCAUGUGUUCUAAUUUGCUGCAAGUGUGGGAAAAAAAGACAAUAACAACACUAACACCC